AUGGCCGAAUACCGAUAUCUCGCAAACCCCGACCCAGAAUGGACUGACUUUCCGAAUAAUCUCCCCCCAAACACACGCGUAGUCGGCAUGAACCGCGCCCACGAUCCCAUUACACCCCAAGAAGGCCUCUCCAUCACCGAACUCAGCAUUCCCAUCCGUGACAACGACCACAUCACCAUCCGCCUCUACCGCCGCACAUCGACCUCCAAUGAACCACUCCCUCUACUAAUGUACAUGCACGGCGGUGGUUACGUCACCGGCGGCCUCGAAACAGACGAUUCCACAUGCCGCGCCAUCGCACUCAACAUCAACAUCGCCGUCAUAAACGUCGAGUACAGACUCGCCCCAGAGCACAAAUUCCCCGUCGGUUUCGAAGACUCAUUCGACGUCCUCAGAUGGGUCGCUUCUGAAACAGGGCAAGCAAAACUCAAGACGGACCUCACAAAGGCCUUCAUCCUAGGCGGUACAUCGGCGGGCGCAAACUUCACAGCGGGGAUAUCUCAUCUUGCGUUGCGGGAGGAGCUGUCCCCUCCUAUAACGGGGGUGGUGUUCCUGGCGGGAAGUUUCUGCCACCCUGAUGUUCGGCCGGAGAAGUAUAGGGAUAGGAUACUGAGUGUGGAUGAGAUUAAUGAUGCGCCGGGGUUGACGAGGAAGUCUAUUGACUACUUUGCUGGUAAAUAUGGCGCGCCGCCAGAAGAUAAGCGUUUAUCACCGCUGCUGUUUGAGUCACAUGCUGGCAUUGCGAAGAAAGCGUAUUUUGCUAUCUGUGGCUGGGAUCCACGGCGAGAUGAAGCUCUGUUGUUUAGACAAUUGCUUGAAGAAGCUGGACUUCAGACCAAGAUGAAUGUUUAUGCUGGACUGCCACAUGGGUUUUGGACUACAUGUCCUGACUUGGCAGCUUCCAAGGACUGGUUGGAGCGGUUGCUAGAAGCAAUGGGCUGGCUCGUUGAGUAG